UUAAAAAUUCUGCGGCAGGUUUUGAAGCCGUUUGAGCUACUGAAAAUAUUUUCAUUUUCUGUUUUCAUUAUUAUUAUUAUUAAUAAUAAUAAUAAUAAUAAUAAUAAUAAUAAUAACAAUAAUAAUACAAGCGUUGGUUGUAUAGUUUAUCUCUUCUGGUGUAGCAAGCAUGUCGUUUCCAAGGGCUCCUUUGAAAAGAUUUAAUGAACACGUCGGCUGUGCUCCUCCACCAGGAACAUACGACCUGAAGUCUGGCGAACUGAAGGGUGCCGCUUCCUUCCAGAAGGCAGAGCGCUUCAGAUCACAAAAACUCGGACCACCCGCUUCCAAAGAUGUGCCCAUGUCUCCAGUGCGCAGGACCAUGUCAGUUGAUGGCUUGGUUGAUAGUGCAAAAAAGGACAAGAGCAGCUUUCAAGUUGAAAUGAAACAGCGGAAGCUGCUGGAGAAAGAGAUCCGGUCGCUGGUUCAGCAGAGAGGAGAACAGGACCGCAGGCUACAGGCCUUGGAGGAAGAGCUUAAGAGGCUGGAGGCUAAACUGCUGGCUGCUGUGAGAGAGAAGACAGGCCUUGCAGCUAAUGUGGCCUCCCUUGAAAGACAGCUUGCUGAGUUAAAGAAAACCAACGAGUUCCUCAAGAGCAAGGUUUCUGCAGACACCACGAAGAAGAGAAUCCACUCACUGUCUAUGGAGCUCAUGGAAGCGAGAAACAAGCUGGAUGUUAAGGACAAGGAGCUGAGUUUCCUGCAGAUCAGCUCAGAAGGCAAAGUAAAGGUGUUGGAGACGGAUCUUGAAGCUUCAAGAGCAACUCUUAAUGCUAUUAAAGAGAGGAACAAAGAUCUUGAGGGCCUUCAUGAAGAGAUGAAAGUUCACAAUGAGGAACUGGAGAAAGAAAUAGAUAAGCUGCAUGCUGUUAUACUGGAGCUGAGGGAGGAGGCCAAGGUAUUGCAGAGCUACCUUGAUGCUGCAAAUGAAGAGAUUCAGGACCUAAAAGGUAAACUGCAGGAUAAAUCCGCAAUGGAGCGCCGUGUCUCGGAUUCUCAAGAGAAACUUGGUGAGGUGGAGCAGAAUUUAGAGCAGCGCAUGGCGGAGCUCCAGGAGUCUCAGAGCGUCCUGAAGAAGAAGGAGCAGGAGCUUCAGGCGUGCCACAUCACCCUUGAGGAGCGGCAGAGAGAGCUGGAGCAUCACAAGUGUGAGCUGGAGGCCUCUCGGGCUAUGCUGAAAGAGCUGGAGGAGAAGAACGUACAGGCAGCGCAGGAGCUCAAGGACUCGCAGAGCACAGUGAAGCAGCAAGAGCAGGAGCUGGCUCGAGUGAGGGAUGUGCUGAGAAGAACGGAAGAGGAGUUGGACCAGCGUGUGGCCCACAUGAAUGAGCGUUGCUUGAACAUGGAGGAUGAGAGAACCAGGACACAGGAGGAAGGGCUGAAGAGAGUACAGGAGCUGCUGGCUGAGGUUAGCUCACUGGAGGAGAGCAAAAAGUGUGAGAAAGAAGCUCAUGCCAAGCUGAAACAGCAGCACUCUGCUCUUGCUGAACAGUUCGAGGAAGAGAAGGCUCGUAAUGACUCCCUGUCCAGCAUGAUGGCAUCUCUGCGUGAUAACCUGGAGAAAGAGAGGAAGCAGUUGGAAGAGGAGCUGGAAGAGGUGCUGGAGGAAGUGAACGUGCUCGAGGAGCAGGACAAGUUCCUGCAGGAGGCCGUCCAUCUCCUGACACAGGAGAAACUCUCAAUGGAGGAAGAAUUGAACAGCACCCGUUCUGAUCUAGAGAGGAGCAAAGCAGAGACGCGUACUUUAGAAGAGGUUCAUCAGGAGACUGUGAAGAAACUACAGGAUGAACAAAACAGCUCACUGGGAAAGAUAGGCGACAUGACCACUGAGCUAGAGAGUGCCACACAGGUUCUGAGUGCGCAGAGAGAGCAGGAUGAGGCUCGUGUACAGGAGCUAAAGGAGGAGCUGAGCAGAAUCACUCAGCAACUGCAGGAUGAGCAGAAUAAACUCCUUCACCAACAACACACUCAGGAAAAGGAGAGGGAGGAGUGUGCCAGGAUGUUAUUGGAGGUCCAGACUAAGCUGGCCCAGUGUGAGAUGGAUUUAAGGCAGGCCAGGGAGGAAGUAGGACAGGAGCAAGAGGAGAAACGACAGGCCCUGGCUCAGCUGGAGCAGACCCGGCAGUGUAGGAGGGAGUCUGCGGAAGGCAGGGUUCAGGAGGCCCGGAUCCUACAAGAGCAGGUGGAGGUGCUGGAGCAGGAGAAGGAGCAGCUCCACCAGCAGAUGGCGCAGGAGAAGGAGCAGCUCCACCAGCAGAUGGCGCAGGAGAAGGAGCAGCUCCACCAGCAGAUGGCGCAGGAGAAGGAGCAGCUCCACCAGCAGAUGGCGCAGGAGAAGGAGCAGCUCCACCAGCAGAUGGAGCAGGAGAAGGAGCAGAUGGAAAAGGAGAAGGAGCAGCUUCACCAGCAGAUGGAGCAGGAGCGACAUGACUUCAAUGAACAGCUCAAAAAGGCGCAAGAAAGCACAUCAAAUGAUGAGACUGCACACUGGAGAAACUUGUAUGAACAGCUCUACUCUAAAGUUAAGCCCUUUCAGGAGCAGCUGGACGGCUUUGCAGCUGAGAGGGACGCGUUGCUCUCUGAGAAGGGGGCCACACAGGCUGAGCUGAAUAAGCUGGCAGGUGCCUACGCCAACCUGCUGGGCCAUCAGAACCAGCGACAGAAAAUCAAGCACAUGGUCAAGCUCAAGGAGGAGAACUUGGAGCUCAAGCAGGAAGUGACUAAGCUGAGGGCAGAGGUAGGGAAGCAGAAGAGGAACCUGGAGCAGCUCAAGUCCAGUCAGGUCCCACGCCGGUUUGACCCCAGCAAAGCCUUCAAACACGAACAAAAAGAGAACCAGCAGCCUGCAGUGUCUCUUAGAUAGAGCGAGGAUCUACAAAUUGGUUACGAUCUCAAGUAAUUUGCGGUUAUAUGAAUACGUGAUGUAUAGUCACAUUGCAAUUCCCACAUUGUGUUUGUAGGAUUAACGUAUACUCUCUCACUCAAAGAAUGUAUUGACAAUCUAGACUUUGCUAAGAUGAACCUGGAUAAGCAGUUCUUUGUGGAUUUUGUCUGUGAUGUCUUGCGUCAAGCAUUCGGGGAAUUCCUUCUACACUUAUUUGUUACUGUUCUGUUAUUGGACACCGAGGGUGUUUUUUUAUUUAUGUCUGCUUCUGUGUUUUGGAUCACCAGUGCUGCAGGACUUAAUAUGGGAAUAAAUAUAUAGAUUUUAAAAUGAGUAAUAUUUUAAGCAGCUCUUUGUUUUAGGCCUGGAUUACCCAACUACUAGAUAUGUUAAAAUAUGUAUGUGGUCUAGUUGGCUGUAAGAUUGGGUUGUGCGUGCUCAUCCAUUAUCUUCACUACAAUUCUGAUUCAUUUAGUAACCUUUUGAACUUGGUUUCAAUCUAAUUUUGUAGUCCUGUUAAUCCAAUUUAUAUUUUCAAUCCAAUUACUCAACAUAGUUCAGCACAUUUCAUGUACCAUAAUUUGAUUACUUGGCUGCUCUUUUCUUUGUUCUAAUGCUUGACUGUUUUAUUUUUUUAAGGUUUUGAAAAUCUUUUCUUACAUGAUUUUAAAUAUGAUAAUUGUUUUGCUAUGUAGGACAGUUAUUUACUAAUAAAAAAAAAAUAAAUACAUUAAAAACAA